AUGUCAUCGUCAGAGUCCAGUCUCCCAGAAGCCUGUUGGGCAGCUUUCGUCAUGGCGCUCCUUGAGCAGGACUGCAAUCUUGAUUUGGAAGCCGAUGAGGACGGCCCAGUGAUGGCCGCAAGCACUGCCCCUGCAGAAGCUGAAGAUGUGCUUGUGGAGGAGGUUGAGGAAGCUGUCGGCACACCCGCCGUCGAGGAGCCAGCUCCUGAUCCAGAGCCGGAAGCAAAAGAGAACAGUCCUCUGGGCAAAGGCGCCGAGGAGUCCUUCCUCUCCGAUUCGACGGUUCCGAUGAUGCACAUGAAUGCGACCCCUGGAACCACCGAUGCGGAUCACUCCUUCCAGACCGAAGGAAUGAGUCGAGCUGUCCUCCAUGGCUCAUUCUUGGAAGACGACUCCCUCAUGACUCCACCGAUCCGGGAUGGCAGGUUCCACACUCCAGGCAGUGGCAGCACUUCCUUCACUUCUGUGCCAGCAGCAGAUCUUGCCAGACAACAUUUUGAGUGGGCACAGGAGCUCGAAUCAGUGGACCAAAAGCAAGCUGAUCUGAUGAUGACUCAAUGGAAGCUCAUCCGGAGCCAGACUGGCAUGCUGGCUCAACAGCUUGUGGAGCUGCGCAAGGACGUUGCCUGUAAGUCUGUUCUCUUGUCAACACUUCACCCGAUAAGUCGGACGGGAUACGGAGGCCAGGCGCAGUUGCUCGUGGCUGAACUCCAGCGGCAGAGCUGGCAUGUCCAGCUCCUGGCAUGGAAUCUGCGCCACCGUGGCGAAGCUCCAGCAGAAGAUCUCGAGACGCUUCUGCUCAGGCACAACAUAGGCAGGUCGGAGGCUUUGGAACAGGCAGGGGGAGAUCCACGCGCGCUGCUGUCCGGCGUUCCGGUACUUACAUCGCGCAUUGCCCCUCCAACAGGCCACGAGACUGGGGAGGGAUGGUUAGAAGUCCUCAGAGCCGUGGACUUGCUGGAGGCCGCAGAGAAAAACUGUAGCUCAGUCUGCUCUUUCCGGAAGCCAGAUGUAAUCUUGCACUUGCACGACGCCUGGUGGCUUGGGCCCGCUCCUGUCCGGGUGAGGGAUGCUGUCGUAAGUGGGCAUCUGCCACCUUUGCUGGCCUGGUUGCCGAUUCUUUUCGACCCCCUCCUGAGCGAUGACAAGGAGCGCCCAGACAGGUCCGGGCAUGCCUUAGAAGUCUUCGGAGGUGUCAUCGCCAUGUCUGUGUGGGGUCGGGGCGUCUACGAGCGAGCCUUGGCCUCCCCGACGCCUCUCCGGCUACCACCUUUGUUGGGACAUGUCCCGCAUGCCUUGGAGCCCUCCUUCUCCGAAGGGCCUCUGGCCUUUGAGAGCGAAGCGCGGCAGCGGCUGAGGAGGGCCUUUGGCUUGCCGGAGAAGGCCUUUGUCGUGCUGUUGGUGGGACGCAAUCCUCCGAGCGGUGAAGCCAACCGGAAGUCUCACAAGGCCGGGAUCCGGGCCUUCGCCAAGAUCCGUUCGCGUAUUUCCGAGCUCUGCAGCGAGCUUCAGGGGUCGGCCGUGCAAGAGGCAUGUGCCCGGACGCCCACAGCCCACUUGCACGUGCACUGUGACCUGGACGGGUCUGUGGACAUCCGAGCACUGCUUGCAGAAGUCGGCUUGGGCCUCACGAUCGACGGGGGAGCCAGCAACAGUCGCGAGCGGUUGUCACCAGAGCAGCUGCGAAGCCUCUACAGUGCAAGCGACGUCCUUCUGCAACUGAGUCGUGCCGAGGGCUUCGGCCUUCCCGUGAUCGAGGCCCAGGCCUCUGGUGUUCCAGUGAUUGUGAAUGGUGCCACAGCCAUGGCCGAGAAUGUAGUCUUGGGAAAGGUGCUGCUUCCCACGCCCCGACAAGCCCCCAGUGGAGGCCGCGAUGACAGACCGGGAUCGUGGACGCCCCCUGACAGCGUCGCUGCGGCUGAAGCACUUCUCGCGUUCUGGGUGUCGCCUCCGUCCCCGACGGAGCGCAAUGCUGCACGCAUGAUCUUGCACAGCACCUUCUCGCAGGCCUCCGUUGGCCAGCGUGUCAGCCAGCUGUUGCAGACGGUAGUGCGGCCGCGACGGACUUCAGCGACGAACGCCUACUCGCAUGCAGGCCCAGCAGAACCUGCUGUGCCGACUGCAGAUCCAGAUCGUGCAGCCUUCUGCAUCAAGGAGUUUCGGCAGGCUGAGGAAUGCUGGCGAACACUACAUUCCGAGUGCUCUGGACUCGAAGAGGAUCUCCGCAUCUGCUUCAGGAGCGACUGGCAGGAGCCAAGACUUGCAAAGGACAAACCAGCCAUGCUCCGGAAUCGACUCACCAGCACACGACAAGGCUGGCCAAUGCUGUACAAUGUCUAUGACAUCAUGGUCGGGCGAAUGCUUGAGGUCUGCGGCAGCUGGUUAGGUCGGAUUUUGGAGGCCGGAGCCCACAUCGGUGCUAUGACGGUGCCCAUGGCGCGAGAGGUUUUUCAAGGGCGCCUGCUUGCCCUGGAGCCCUCGAGGCUAAACCUGCAGCUGCUCACCGCCAACCUGGCCCUGGCUCAGGUCUCCAACGUCGACACCCACCAAGCAGUCCUGGGAGCUGUGUCCAAGGGCUCGGUGAUGGUGGAGGAGCCCGAUAUGAUGCCCUUUGCCGAUCUCCGUCUCUUCGGCCCCGGAAAGAAGAACAGGAAGGUGCCGGUGGUGAGUGUGGAUCAACUGCUGGGAGCCGUGGAUCGUUUGGACCUUCUGAGACUAGGCUUGGCAUCCACUGCUGGGCACGGGCUUUCCAUGGCCAUCUCUGGCGCUGUAAGAUCUUUGGAGCGAUUCCAGCCUUGGGUUUUGGCUGAGCUGCCUCUGCGAGAAUCGGGAAGCAAGCUCGAUUUGAAAAUGGAGGUGAGUGGUGAUGACGAGGCCUCCUUUCUCAACAGCAUGGACAGUUCCGCCUACGACUGCGCCCGUUGCGACUUGCCUUUGGGAGCGACAGAAAAGCCGCCAGAGAGCUGGGUCAGCUGCACGUCUGAUCCCCGAGUCCAGCUGAAAGCGAAGAUGCUUCUCUGCGGCCAUCGCUCCCGCACGUCAGGCGCAUCAGGCGAGGUCCCGGACGCCUCGGUGUGGUUGCGGGCUGUGGCGGCUUGCGAAGGUGUGCCUCACCCUAGUGGAUCCAAUGGCUUAUCGGGUUGCCUGGUUGAAGUUGGCUUCUUCAGCACCUCCAGUCCAGACCUUAACAAGCAACACCUGAGAGGAACAGGAGCAAACAAGUUUUUCCCAUGCCAGGAGCUGGAUUUUGUGAAGCACGAGCAGCGCCAGACCUCACAGCUGAUGGAGCAGCAAUGCCGAGAGAGCAAGGAUGUCCAGCAACGUUUGGGCGCUACCUUGCAGCAGAGUGUGCAGGAGACCCACAUGAGCCUGGCCCGAAUGCGGACCGAGGUGCAGAAGAGAGCCUCGAAGGACUCCGAUGCUCAAAAGCGCCUUCAGAGCCUGGAGGCAUGGGCAGCCCCGGCCGUCCGGAAGCUGGAAUGCGAGGUAGCGGAGCUGCGAAGUGCGACGGACGUGAGCGUCAAGCAGGUCUGCCAGCUCAAGGACCAGUUGCUGCAACAAAUCGAUGAGUGGAAAGCUGGUCAUGCCGUGGUGAUGGAGCACAGCACCAAGUGGCAAGACCGUGUGCGCAAAGGACUUCGUGCGCUCAUGAACGCCCACGAGAGCCACCGGAGCGAAGUACAGGAGAUCCAACAGUCGCUUCAGGAGUCCUUCGAACAGAAACUUCAGACCAAGUUCGCUGAGGUGCAGCGUCGCAUGGAUGAGUGCACCAUGCAGAAGGACAGCCAUCAGGACAUUGAGAAUCGACUCAACGACUUUGAGGCGAUGUUGGACACUACGCUGGAGGGCCACUCGAAAGGCCUGGAGCGGAAGCUGUCGGACAUGGAGUCCAGAUUUCAGGAUCUUGAGAAUAGCGACAAGCUGCUCAAGGUCAGUUUGAACCAGGAGAUCGCAGCACGGCAUUCCAUGGUGGAGGUGUUGGACCAGAUGCUGAAAACGGAGACCUCCAGAAUCGCGACUUCAGUCAGCGAGCAGGUGGCGGUGAGCCACCUGGACUGGAAGGAGAGCCAGAAAGCAAUGCUGGAGCACUUGAGCAAGGAGACCACGGACAGGCAAGAGCAAGCCAGGGCAAUCAAUGCAGACUUGCAGAGCUUGGCAGGCGGUCUGGGUGAGCGUGUCAGCCGUGUUGAGGGCGCCUGGCACAGUGUCCGCCAGGACUGGCGUGAGGCAAAAGGCAAUGUCCGAGCCCUGCAGGGGCAAUUGCAG